AUGGACGUCUUUCAUGCCCUGCAUUUCUUGUUCGGGAUCUUCGGUGCGUUGAGCCCUUACCCCGCCGCUCCUCUUCCUCUUCUCCCCCUCCAACUUGUUUCUUUCGUUCUAGCUCUCAGUUUUUGGACGGGAGAAUCACUGGGCACCUCCCGCGUGGAGCAACCAGUUCUUGGUCUUUCUUGCUUUCCCGACGGAAUUCUUGGUCCCUGUCAUUCUUUCUUGGUGCAUCUCUGAUUCGUCUCGUCUUUGAACAGGGAACGCGACCGGGCUCUUCCUCUUUCUCGCCCCCGUGUGAGUAUAAACUCCUGCGUCUCUCCAGAAUAGUUCUUCGCCUUGGGGUUUUAAGGGGCGAGGGAGCUUCAUACACGCCAAGAACAUUGUUCUUAAAGUCCUUCCCUGUGCUGCUCUCUCUCUCUCUCUUUCUUCCAUUCUCUUUCUUUCUCCAGCGAUGCAUCUUCCUCCUCACCGAGCGCGGAUUCAUUUUUGAAGACGAAACCAGGGAUUGAAUUCUUGGAGAACUUUCUGACCCCGCGGUUUUUUCUCCCCUCCCUCGCGCAGGGUGACAUUUCGGAGGAUCAUCAGGAACAAAUCGACGGAACAGUUCUCUGGGAUCCCCUACAACAUGACCCUGCUCAAUUGCCUCCUCUCCGCCUGGUAAGUAAAUCGCAAGCCCACUCUUGAGUCUUCGGUAAUAGGAAGUUAUUGCUGACACUGUAGAUGGAGGAAGAGAUGGUGAUGGCGACGGGUCCAUGGAGUUCUGACACGUGAGCUCUCCCUGUCACGCUCGCUGCCAUGCAGGUACGGGCUUCCCUUCGUCUCCCCGAACAACAUGCUGGUCUACACCAUCAACGGCACCGGGGCGGUGCUGGAGACCGUGUACGUCAUCAUCUUCCUCAUCUUCGCCCCUAAGAGGGCCAAGGCCAGGAUGCUGGGUCUCCUCCUCCUGGUCGUCUCUGUGUUCGCGACCGUGGCGCUCGUCUCCGUCCUGGCUCUCCACGGCCAGAAGAGGAAGCUUUUCUGCGGCUGCGCCGCCACCAUCUUCUCCAUCUGCAUGUACGCCUCCCCGCUAUCCGUGAUGGUAAGCCGUAGAUCCGCCGAUCUCCCUGCUCGUCUUCCUCCGCCUAUACGUUCGCCUCAGAUGUAGCAAUCUGACCUCGUCUGACCUCGGCUGACCUCGUCUGACCUCGCAGAGGCUCGUAAUCCGAACCAGGAGCGUGGAAUUCAUGCCCUUCCUCCUCUCGCUCUUCGUCUUCCUCUGCGGCACCUCCUGGUUCGUCUUCGGCCUCCUGGGGCGCGACCCCUUCAUCGCGGUACGGUUCCUUUCUCUUGUGUGGGGCCCUGGUUUAUGAUCUUGCAGAGAUUCCCACAUGGCGUCAGGCGUCAGGCGUCAGCAGAGCAAGCAAUCCAAGCGGCCGUCUUCUCCGACCGUGUCUCUUCCGGCGACACGUGAACCGAAGGCUGAUGAUCUCUGUUCUUCGUGGCAGGUGCCCAACGGCUUCGGGUGCGGGCUUGGCGCGAUGCAGCUCGUGCUGUACGCCAUCUACCGGAACAGCGAGGCCUCAAGGGGUCAGAAGGACGGCAACGGCGGCAAAGACGGCGGCGCACUGGAGAUGGGGUACGAGAAGCCACGGCUGGCCAACGGCGGCGCGCAGAACGGCGCCGGAGGAGCGGCGCCGUAG